CUGACAGGAGUGGAUGAGGGAGAUAAUCUGCCUUCACGGCCACUCACUGUUUCACCGCACAGAGCCGAGCAGCCCGGGGAAAAUGGGAAACGCCGACUCCAAACUUCACUUCAGAAAAGCUGUGAUCCAACUCACGACCAAAACUCAGCCUGUAGAGCCCACAGACGAUGCCUUCUGGGACCAGUUUUGGGCCGACACAGCCACCACCAUACAGGAUGUUUUCGCCCUGGUGCCUGCAGCCGAGAUCCGAGCUGUCAGAGAGGAGUCUCCAUCAAAUCUGGCAACCCUCUGCUAUAAGGCGGUGGAAAAGCUCGUCCAGGGCGCGGACUCCGGCUGCCCAUCCGAGAAAGAGAGGCAGAUUGUCCUGAACUGCACCCGCCUGCUCACGCGCAUCUUGCCGCACAUCUUUGAGGAUGCUGACUGGAGGGGCUUUUUCUGGUCCACUGUGCCUGGAGCUGGCAGAGCUGGGCGUCUGGAUGAAGGUGGCGAUGAUGAUGCACGGCCCCUCGCUGAAUCCCUACUGCUGGCCAUAGCCGACCUGCUGUUCUGCCCAGAUUUCACUGUCCAGAGCCACAAGAAGGGCGGCUCGGAGUCGGCUGAGGACAUGCAGUCCAUAGACAGCUGUGAGUACAUCUGGGAGGCUGGGGUGGGCUUCGCACAGUCGCCUCCUCUCAACUACACCCAUGACCUCAACAGGACGGAGCUCCUGAAGUUGCUCCUCACCUGCUUCUCAGAGGCCAUGUACCUGCCCCCUUCCUCUGACAGUAAAAACCCCAGUCCCUGGGUCACCUUCUUCUGCUCCACAGACAACAGACAUGCACUGCCGCUGUUUACCUCCCUGCUCAACGUGGUGUGUGCCUACGACCCAGUGGGGUAUGGCAUCCCGUACAACCACCUGCUGUUGUCCGACUACCGGGAGCAGCUGGUGGAGCAGGCUGUCCAGAUCCUUAUCGUCACCCUGGAGCAUGAGGCCGGGUCGGCGGCCAGCACAGCCCUGCAGGCACUGGACUCCUCCGCAUCCCCCGCAGCCAUGGAGGACCAGGAGGCUGCUGGACCUGAUAAUCUUUUUGUCAAUUACUUGUCCAGGAUACACAGAGAAGAGGACUUUAACUUCAUCCUGAAAGGCCUGUCGAGGCUGCUCAAUAAUCCCCUGAUCCAGACCUACCUGCCCAACUCUACCAAGAAGAUCCAGUUCUAUCAGGAGCUGCUGAUUCUCUUCUGGAAACUCUGCGACUUUAACAAGAAAUUCCUGUUCUUUGUGCUGAAGAGCAGUGAUGUGUUGGACAUGCUGGUUCCCAUCCUCUUCAACCUGAAUGACGCCAGGGCAGAUCAGGCUCGUGUGGGCCUCAUGCACAUCGGUGUGUUCAUCCUCCUGCUGUUAAGCGGAGAGAGGAACUUCGGUGUUCGUCUGAACAAGCCGUAUACCCUCCGUGUCCCCAUGGACAUCCCUGUUUUCACCGGCACGCAUGCCGACCUCCUCAUAGUAGUCUUCCACAAGAUCAUCUCAAAUGGUCACCAGCGUCUGCAGCCCCUCUACGACUGCCUGCUCACAAUAAUAGUGAAUGUGUCGCCUUAUCUGAAGAGCCUGUCCAUGGUGGCAGCCAACAAACUGCUCCACCUCCUGGAGGCCUUCUCCACCUCCCUGUUCCUCUUCUCCUCCUGUCAGAAUCACCACCUGGUCUUCUUCCUGCUUGAGGUCUUCAACAACAUCAUCCAGUAUCAGUUCGAUGGGAACUAUAACCUGGUGUAUGCCAUCAUCCGUAAGCGCAACAUCUUCCACCAGCUGGCCAACCAGCCCUCUGACACAGCAUCGAUUCAGAAAGCCCUGCAGAAGAGAAAGAAACCUGCAACUGGCAUCUCCAGGACCAACUCGACAGAGACUGUGUCCAUGGAGGGCUCCAGACCAGCUGCAGCCGCCGAGCCAGGCACGCUCAAGGCAAGCCUGGAGGCCACUCCAGGGAUUGACAAGUUGACCGAGAAGUCCCAGCUAAGUGAAGACGGUACCAUGAUUGCUGUUCCACAUUCACACACUCCUCAGACGACUGGUGACAGAGCCUCAGCUGGAGCCAGCGACACAGAGUCCAACUCUGAGAGAGACCAUGAGGUUUUCUCCACAGAGUCAGAAUCAACACAAAGUCGGUUGUCAAGUGUCUCCUCAGCAGCCACAGCCUGGAGCCCCACUCCAGAAUGGGUGCUGUCAUGGAAGACGAAACUUCCUCUACAGACCAUCAUGAGGUUGUUACAAGUGCUGGUUCCCCAGGUGGAGAAAAUCUGCAUCGACAAGGGUUUGACAGAUGAGUCAGAAAUCCUGAAGUUCCUUCAGCACGGCACGCUUGUGGGCCUUCUACCAGUCCCACAUCCCAUCCUCAUCAGGAAGUACCAAGCCAACUCUGGCACAGCCAUCUGGUUCCGCACCUACAUGUGGGGAGUCAUCUACUUACGCAAUGUGGAUCCUCCAAUCUGGUACGACACGGAUGUGAGACUCUUUGAGAUUCAGAGGAUUUAGAGGUGUUGAAGAUGCCCCGCCUAAUCCUGACUCGUUUUUAUCUUCUGGAUGCGACUCCCUUCAAACCCUCAGCAACAGGAUCUACCGCUCUGCUCUCCUUGCACCUGAACUGUGAUCUGUGUCGAGGCUUGGGAGGAAGAUUUCACAUCUUGUCGUCCUUUUUAAACACAACAAGCACUGACAAUCUAUCUUUUUUUUCUUGCCAAACUCCAAGGUUGAGAGAACAGAACAGAGUGAAGUGUCAGAUCAAUUGCAAAUCAGUGUGCAAUCUGUUAUUAAAGCUGUGUAAUGAGUGCAGUAACGAUGAUGCCAAAUGGUCCUUAAACCUUUCAUUUAUAUAAUCGAGACAUGUGACAUUUAUUGAACAGUAAUAUAUCAGUUUUGCCAAAAAAUUGCUUUGCUUUAGUGUUCAUAUCUUUGAAGCUCCUUGUCAUGUACAAGCUGCUUGAAAUAAUUGACAGCAUACACUGGACUAAAGAAGCUUUUCAUGAUUGUGCUGAAAGGAAACUUGACAUAACGUGAUAAGACACUAAGACCUCUGUGAAAAGGAGACAGGAAAUCCUCCAUGACAGAAAACAGCUUCAAGAUGUGAAUGAGAUGUGUUGUGCACGUAUUGAAAAUGUCUGGAAACAUUUUGAGCUCGGACAAGUAUUUCUUGUAAAGAGAAAUAAAGUAUUUUCUUGAAAUAUAC